GCAAAAACAAGGGCGAGAAAAAAACCCCAAAUUCAGAACAGGUUUGCUUCGCUUCGCAUUCACCGGAAAGCGACUAUGGUACGUUUACAGCCUGAUCCUUUCCUCAAUGAGCUCACCAGCAUGUUCGAACGGACUACUGAAAAGGGUUCUGUGUGGGUUACGUUAAAACACUCAUCUGACAAGUCCAAGGUGAAAAGAAAUAAGAUGAAGACAGCUGGUGAGAAGAUCGAGUACAAGUGCCUCAUUCGAGCUACAGACGGGAAAAAGACCAUCUCGACCAUGUUGCUCUGUGAUAUGCCAAUUUCAUUUGCUGUUAUGAGGCAGGUUGGCCCGAAAGAUCAUCAACGUUUUCAAUCUAGUUAUGCGACUAUUCUGAAAGCUCGGAUGACCGCUUUGAAGAAAAGGGAGAGGAAAGACAAGAGAAAGGCAGUUGAUUCCGAGAAGAAACAGAAGAAAGCUUGGAGUAUUGUGUUGCCUCUACAAGGACAACAUGAGGGACUCAUCACCUACUUCAAUGGAGCCCACAUAAAGGCUCCCCUUCAACAAGUAAGCUUCUAUCAGUGGAAAGUUUCAAUUUUUAUCAUUGUUAAGCUUGUUGCUAAAAUGCUUGAUCCCUUCCCCGGGACUUUUGGUGAGGAUACAAACAGAAGGAGGUUUUCAAGGAUUAGAGUGUCGAAAGAUGGUGAUAGGUCUCUUUAUGGCUACGGUCUCGAUCGGAUUUUAUGCUGCAAACUCCCCACACUGAAGCUUGUGAUGGUCAUUAUCACUAUCGGUGCAUUUUGCACUCUCCUACGUUCUCCAUCUAUUCAUGAAGCAGAUCAUAUAUCCACCACACGUUCGAGGUCAAACUUGGUAGAUAGAUGGAUCACACAGGACAAAUUCGGGAUAAACCGAAGCUAUUAUACAUCUCAUUUAAACAUCAACUGGAGCGAAGUUUCUGUUACGAUCGAGAAAUUUACCGACAGUUACAAAGGAAUAGGUCUGUUGAAUUUCAUCGACCAAGAAAUCAACGAGUGGAAGCAAUUAGUACCUCGUGCUAAGCAUGUUGUACUUUCCGUUAGUUACGCCUCUCUUAACAUCACUUGGGAAACACUUUAUCCCGAAUGGAUAGACGAGGAAGAGGAAUAUGAAGUGCCAGCCUGUCCUGAUCUGCCGAGAAUCAGCUUAGCUGGCAAACCGCGAUUGGACCUCAUAGCCGUGAAGCUUCCGUGUAAUAAAUCAAGCAAGUGGUCGAGGGAUGUAGCUCGUUUGCACCUCCAGCUGGAAGCCGCCAGGCUGGCGGCAACUGUCAAGGGGAAUCAUUCGGUGCAUGUUCUUAUCGUGACUGAAUGUUUUCCAAUUCCGAAUUUGUUCACUUGCAAAGAGUUGAUUGUGAGGGAAGGGAAUGUGUGGGUUUAUAAGCCGAAACUAAGCGAUUUGAGAGAGAAGGUUCGCUUGCCGGUCGGCUCGUGUGAACUCUCACUUCCUCUGAAUUCUGAAGAAAAGUCUUACCCAGUCGGCAACCUGAAGCGCGAAGCUUACGCAACAAUCCUCCACUCGGCCCACGCGUAUGUGUGUGGAGCCAUCACCGCAGCCCAGAGCAUCCGAAUGUCGGGCUCAUCGCGCGACCUCAUUGUCCUUGUUGAUGAUGCCAUUACACCUCACCACCGCGCGGGCCUCGAGUCUGCGGGCUGGAAGGUCCGGCCCAUACUCCGUGUCCGCAACCCAAAAGCUGAGCCCGAAGCCUACAAUGAGUGGAACUAUAGCAAAUUCCGCCUUUGGCAACUCACCGACUACGACAAGGUCAUCUUCAUUGAUGCUGAUCUCCUCAUCCUCCGCAACAUCGAUUUCCUUUUUCAGAUGCCCGAAAUAUCUGCCACGGCUAACAACGCCACGCUCUUCAACUCGGGCGUCAUGCUAGUCGAGCCCUCCGAGUGCACUUUCAAACUUCUAAUGGACCACAUUGACUCGAUCGACUCGUACAACGGCGGUGACCAAGGCUACCUAAACGAGGUCUUCACAUGGUGGCAUCGAAUUCCGAAGCGCAUGAAUUUCCUCAAGAACUUUUGGGAAGGAGACGAGCCUUCAUGGAAGGAAGCAAAGACCCGCAUGUUUCGGGCCGACCCGCCCAUUCUCUACGUGCUUCACUAUUUGGGCCUCAAGCCAUGGAUGUGCUUUCGGGACUUCGAUUGUAAUUGGAAUGUGGAGAUUCUUAGGGAGUUUGCAAGUGACGAGGCCCACUCGACUUGGUGGCGGGCCCAUGAUGCAAUGCCUCGGGAGCUUCAAAGGUAUUGUUUGCUUAGGUCGAAGCAAAAGGCUACGCUCGAGUGGGAUAGAAGGCAAGCGGAGAAGGGGAAUUUUAGCGACGGACAUUGGAGGAUUAAGGUGAAAGAUGAGCGUUUGAGUACGUGUUUCGAGGAUUUUUGCUUCUGGGAGAGCAUGUUGUGGAAUUGGGGGAAGUCGAAUAGGACGAUGGGCGUGCAAAAGACGGGUUCACGCUCUUCUUCGUAAGUUUUUNGUUGGUUUUACGUAUACGAGGAAAUAUAUAAUUUUGGUGUCUUUAUAUGCAUAUGGUUUUUGUAGUUUCUUGUGUGUUGUUGGGUUUGGGAUUUGGGGGGUAUUGUUUGAGUUUUGAUGAAAAGGGUGUUGUCGAGUAGAGGUGUUAUUCGAUCGGUAGCUCAAAUGUUGGUAGCUUAAACGAGCACGAGUUGAGUCGGGGGAUUGUUUAUAGUAUUAAUGAAAAGGGUGUUGUCGUGAGUAGGGGUGUUAUUUGAGCCGAGUUGGGUAGUUCAUGUUCGAGCUCGUGCUCGUUUAAUAAACGAGUCAAAGGAUCGGCUCGUUUAAGCUCGCGAAAGCUCGGUAUCGGCUCAACUCUGACUCGUUUAGCAAAUCUAAAGUUUUAAAUGGAUUGUUCGCGAACAAAAUCGACGUUUUCAUUUAAAAUCCAUUAAAAAUGAAAAAUAAAAAUUAAAAAGUUGAGUUGUUUGG